GCCCUAUAAGAACCAACGAACGCAGAUCACGACUAUCACCUUUGGUCGCAGAAACUGUACCGGUAGCUGAGGAAGCCGAGAAUUCUCCAAUAAGAAAAUUGAAAGGGUUUAGGGUUUCGUAGAAAUUGGGGGAGGAAAAAAAAAACCCUAAUAGCCAUGGAGAGUGCCUUUGCGAGCGCCUCUGCAAUCGCGGACCAGAGGCAAAAGAUCGAACAGUACAAGCACAUUCUCGCUUCCGUCCUCUCAUCAAACGACGUCAUUCAGGCCAAGAAGUUUAUCGAUCACAUGUUGUCGGACGAUGUGCCAUUGGUGGUUUCGAGGCAGCUAUUACAGACUUUUGCGCAGGAACUGGGGAGAUUGGAGCCAGAGACGCAAAAGGAGAUUGCCCAUUAUACUCUUGCUCAGAUUCAGCCUCGGGUUGUUUCUUUUGAAGAACAGGUUUUAAUAAUUAGAGAGAAACUCGCUGAGCUAUAUGAGUCUGAACAACAGUGGUCAAAAGCAGCUCAGAUGCUCAGUGGCAUUGAUCUAGACUCUGGAAUGAGGGUCAUUGAUGAUACAUUUAGGUUGUCAAAGUGUGUCCAAAUUGCUCGCUUAUAUCUUGAGGAUGACGAUGCAGUUAAUGCAGAGGCUUUCAUCAAUAAAGCGUCAUUUCUGGUUAGCAACAGCCAGCAUGAAGUAUUGAACUUACAAUACAAGGUUUGUUAUGCCAGGAUUUUGGACUUGAAGAGGAAGUUUUUGGAAGCUGCACUGCGUUAUUAUGAUAUAUCUCAAAUUGAGAAGAGGCAGAUAGGAGAUGAAACCAUUGAUGAAGAAGCUUUGGAACAGGCUCUCUCUGCUGCUGUGACAUGUACAAUCUUGGCUGCUGCAGGUCCUCAACGUUCUCGUGUUCUUGCCACUUUGUACAAGGAUGAACGAUGCUCGAAGCUAAAAAUUUAUCCUAUAUUGCAAAAGGUCUAUUUAGAGAGAAUUUUGAGAAAACCGGAAAUUGAUGCAUUUGCUGAAGAACUAAAAGCACAUCAGAAAGCUCUCCUGCCAGACAAUUUUACUGUUCUGGAUCGUGCUAUGAUUGAGCACAAUCUUCUUAGUGCUAGUAAACUCUACUCAAAUAUAAGUUUUGAUGAGUUGGGCACUUUGCUGGGAAUUCCUCCAAACAAGGUACAGUUCUAUCCUAAUUUCCAUAGUUGUGAAAAUUAAUAAUAUUGUUCAUCGCUUUCUUGUUAGUUUUAUCAUUGAUUUAGCAUAUUGCAUUAGCUUAC